AUGCAGCCUGUCUGGCUUCUCUUUUUGUCUUUUUCACGUCUUCUCUUAAGUAGCUCUGCAGAAGAAGGCCUGGAGUUCCCAAGCUUCGAUGGCAAGGACCGUGUGCUGGACAUUAAUGAACGGAACUAUAAGAGGGCUCUGAAGAAAUAUGACAUGCUGUGCUUGCUGUAUCACGACCCACUGCCAGCCAACAGGGAGCUCCAGCAACAGUUUCACAUGAGGAAGUUGGUGCUGGAGUUUGCUGCCCAAAUCUUGGAAGACAGGGACAUAGGGUUUGGAAUGGUAGAUUCACAUAAAGAUUCCAAGGUGGCCAAAAAGCUUGGACUGGAAGAAGAGGGCAGCAUUUAUGUCUUUAAGGAUGAGCGUGUUAUUGAGUUUGAUGGUGAGCUGUCUGCAGACACGCUGGUGGAGUUUCUGCUAGAUCUGUUGGAGGAUGCAGUGGAGUUAAUCAGUAACCCUAUGGAGUUGCGUGCUUUCGAGAGGAUGGACGAAGACAUCCGUCUUAUUGGCUACUUCAAGGGCAAAGAUUCAGAACAUUAUAAAGCUUUUCAGGCCGCUGCAGAAACAUUUCAGCCCUAUGUUAAAUUUUUUGCCACCUUCGACAAAGGGGUGGCAAAGCAUCUGACUCUUAAGGUGAAUGAAGUGGAUUUCUACGAGCCUUUUAUGGAGCCGGUCACCAUACCAGGCAAACCCAACUCCGAGAAUGAGAUAGCAGAUUAUAUUAAUCGACAUCGGAGGCCAACUCUGAGGAAGCUUCGUGCAGAGGACAUGUUUGAAACCUGGGAGGAUGACAUGGACGGCAUCCACAUUGUGGCUUUUGCAGAGGAAGAGGAUCCAGAUGGGUAUGAAUUCCUGGAGAUUCUUAAGGAUGUAGCCAGGGACAACACCAAGAACCCAGAUCUAAGCAUACUGUGGAUCGACCCUGAUGACUUUCCUUUGCUGACUGCCUACUGGGAGAAGACCUUUAAAGUGGACCUGUUCAGGCCUCAGAUUGGUGUGGUCAAUGUAACAGAUGCAGACAGUGUGUGGUUGAACAUGCCCAAUGAUGAGGCUCUACCCACAGCCGAAGAGCUGGAGGACUGGAUCGAGGAUGUCCUCUCAGGAAAGGUCAACACAGAAGAUGAUGACCUUGAUGAUGAUUAUUUGGAUGAUGAUGAACAGGGCGAUGAUGAUGAUGACAGUGAUAAUGACAAUAAUGAUGAGGGAAUUUAUGAUGAUGACCAAGAUUGAUUGGUGGAGUGGUAGACU